AUGAUGUUCGACGCCACCACAUCCACCACCACCAUCGAAGCCACCGCCUUAACCACAACCAUGGCUGGUACCUAUGAGCGCGACCUCUGCGAGUGGUCAAACUUUUAUGUUUUCCAAUACUUUGAAGACAUCUGGCAUCACCUCCAGUACCUCGCCCUCUUCGGCAACAAGCUCGUCGACAACAUCGCACUCGAGCUCGGAAAUCUCUCCACCCUCUACGAGCUCUACAUCGCCUACUACAACACCUACUUCGACGGCAUCCCGCCCGAGAUUGAAAACCUGUCCAACCUCGUUUGGUUAGACGUCGCCUACUGUGGCCUCUCCGACGAGAUUCCGACAAAGCUAGGAAAGCUCCAGAAUCUGAACACGCUGUUUCUUCAGGUGAGUGCGCUCUCCGGCUCACUCACCCCCGAGCUGGGGAGCCUUAAGAGCCUCAAGUCCAUGGACCUCUCCAACAACAUGCUCUCCGGCGAGGUUCCAGCGAGUUUUGCGAAGCUGAAGAAUCUAACUCUCUGUUGA